AUGGCGAAUGUUUUGCAACAUCAGUCUAUGGGGUCUACUUACGACAUGCUUGAAAGUCUCAAAGAAAUGUUCAGUGAGAAAAAUUGUGCGGCUAAGCAGACUGCCAUGAAAGUCCUUUUGAACACCAAGAUGGCUGAAGGAUCAUCGGUCAGGUACCAUGUUCUGAAGAUGAUGAGUCUUCUGAAUGAACUGGAGGUCCUUGGAGCUGUGAUUGAUAAGGAAUCUCAAGUUGAGAUGGUCUUACAGACUCUGCCUGACAGUUUUCAACAAUUUCGCUUGAACUAUAAUAUGAACAAAAUGGAUUUGUCACUGGCAAAAUUGUUGAAUGAGCUGCAAGCGGCAGAAUCUAUUAUGAAACAGCAAGCUCCAGUUGUGGCACUCAAUGUUGAGAAAGCUUCAGUUUCUUAG